CAAAAAAUCAAAACGACAAGAUUUUAGGGGGGCGGAGGGAGUACUUGAAUAAUGUCUAGUCAUGGGAACAAUAUCCAGUAAUUGUGUACAUUUUGUUUGAACAUUGUCCAACAACGUUGGACAUUUACUUGAAUAAUGACCAACGGAUAUUGACAAUGGUACUACAUUAAAAAAUAAAAGCAUAUAGUACUACAUUGAAAAAAUCAUUAUGUUUUAUCGAAAAAAAUUACUCCCUAUUUUUCUGGUAUUAAUUUUUACUAAGAUGAAUGGUGUAAAACUUAAAAAAACAGGGAAUAUUGGUCUUUGCGGACUGCCGUUGAAACCGUGCGUGGACACUCCCAAGUUAUCCACCGCAUCAAAGGUGAUCGUCGGGAUAUCCUUAGCGGCAACACUGGCGGCUAUCGUGGUGGCGGUCGUCAUCCUCACCACGCGCAAGCGCUUGCCCGUGCCGGAGGACGGGCCAUCCGUCGCCCACCUGAAAACACCGCCACGGGACGAGCUCGAAAGAGGCGGUUCGGAGGCGGAGUUGAUCUCGCCGGAAUGCCCGACGCCGCCGCCGCCGGACGGGAAGAGACCGGAGCAGGGCAUGAAGCUGUCGUUCUUGGUGGAAAACAGAGAGAGAUUCGACCUAAAUGAGCUGCUGAAGGCGUCGGCAGAGAUGCUGGGCGGAGGGGUAUUUGGGUCAACUUACAAAGCUGCACUUGGCCGGGGGCGGACCAUGGCGGUGAAGAGAUUCAGGCACAUGAACGACGUCGGGAGAGAAGACUUUCACGAGCACAUGAGACGGCUGGGGAGGCUGAGCCACCGCAAUCUGCUGGCGGUCGUGGCGUUCCAUUACAGGAAAGAGGAAAAGCUUUUGGUCUCUGACUUUGCUCCCAAUCUCAGCUUGGCCUUUCAUCUCCAUGGUAUUAUUGCAUUUCUUUCCUCUUAAUAAAUUGAGUAAUGUUAGAGUUAUAAACAACUUGAUACAAACUUCACAAAACUUGUUAUUUGUGUAUUUAAAUUUUUACUUUUAAAUUAUUUCAAAUCCUUUUAUUCACUUGGAAAAGUACACAACUAGAAAGUUUUUGUAGCUUGUGUUAAAGUUGUUUGUGAGUAUAACAUUACUCUAAUAAAUUAACUAAACCAAAAAUUUAAAUCAAGAAAAGUUUUGUACCAUU